AUGGGAUUUUUGAGUGGUGUUCUCGGUAACAUCAAAGAGCAUUUAGGGCAGCAUAAAGAUACUUUAAAUGAUGCAAUUGACAUUCUUAACACCAAUAAACACCUUGGUAAAAAAGGUUUUAAUGCUGCGAUUGGAGAGGUGGUUGAAGGGGUGAGAAAGUACAAUGGUUUUCUCAAGAUAUCAAACGAGAGAGUCAGUGAUCCCAUUCAAGCAUUAUUAACGUAUCUGAAGACUGAAAAUAACGGUGAGUUCAUUACACGUUUUAAUGACAUUCAGGUUGACAAGGUUUCCGAUGACACCAAGCAAGCUGACCCCGAGGUGACCAAGGCCGACAACUUAGUGACACAGUGUCUCGCAAAGGCCGAUGAAUUUAACGGCAAAUUAGACUUUAGUGUACCUAAAAAUAUAAAAACACAGAACGCAAUUAAUGAUCUUAAUCAUAAAUUACGUGAGAGAGUGCAUAGUGUUCGUGAGACAGUUAAGUACGAGACCGACAGGUUGACUGCGUUGUCCAGGAAGGAAAAGGAGAAUUACGAGGCAAUUGUGAAGAUGGUUAAUAAGCUAGCGGGUGUUCAGUCAUGCUUCAAGAGCGAGAUUACUCAGCGGGUAGAAGGACUUUUUAAGAAGCUGAAGGAAGAUGUUCAGAAAAUUAAGGAGAAGCUGGAAGCCAUCUAUAAAGAAUUGGAGCGUGGUGUCUCGGCAUUGGACACAUGGGCCUGGGAGGCGGAUGGAUUUGUUAGUGACGUGAUGAUGAAGGUUGAAAAAAUACUAGAGGAAGUCGUCAAUCCAGCAGAAAGAAAAAAAUCGAUUAAUUAUGCAGCUGAAUAUAUAAAGGGGCAGGCCAUGAGUAUGCAGGAGGCCGGAGAUGCAGCAAAAAACGCUGCUCAGGAGAAUGUUAGAUUGGCGCUGACGCAGGUGAAAGAGAUGAACGACGCGCUGAAAAUGGAUUUGUAUACAGUCAAGCAAGAAAUCCAGAAAGCAAUUGUGAAUCAUGUCAAGGAGCAAAUCAAGACGCCGUAUGAUGAGUUAGAGGGGAACGUGAAACAAGAUUUGACGACUUUGAAGGAUAAAAUUGAGAUUCAAUUGAGUCCUAUAGUGGAGACUUCCAGAAACUUCUCAGCGCAAUUGGCUGCGACAAAAAUCGCCAUUGAUAGCGCCAUGAAAAAAGUACAUGAUGACAUGGGAAAACUGCAGGAACUUAAGGAAUUUGAGAAGAUAAAAAAUAGCAAAAACAGCGGUGUUGCAGCGCCUUUGCUGAAAGCAAUAGGCGACAGCACGGAUCCUUUUACUCCUAUUACAGCUUACUUUGGCAAUCUCAACUCUAAAGUCAUUAAAAAACUGAGGGAAGCAAUGGAGGGGAUUGCGAAAGGAAUUGCCAUGCUUGGUAGUCCCAAUAAGGACAUUUCAGAUAGCGCUAUUAAGGAUCUCAAAAGUAAGCUUCAUGGACUCGAAAGCAUCGAAAGUGAAGUACCGGAAAUCAGUGCCAUUGAGCAACUCCAUGGUAUGUCUACAGAAGUUAGCGCACUUAAUCUCCAAAGCUACGCUACUUACAUGAAGAGCCUAAUAUCUAAACUAACGCCGUCGCCAAAAUCUGUAUCCAAAGCGCAUCUCCAGUCUCUUCUUAACGCCAUAUCCGCAGUAGCGGAAGCCGUCUCGAAACACAGCGAAGAGGUCCUGAAAGCGGUUAUGGAGUCCAUUAGAAGUCAAUUUAAGAAAGAAAUUAGCAGUGUUUCAAAAGUAAUAUAUGCGAAGAUUGCAAAUAUGAAAAACGGAAUAGAAUCUUUCAGUUCUGAUUUUAAUUACGCCGCUGACCAAAAAGCAGCCGGCCUAGCGAAGUUGGUUAGUGAUUUCGGAAAUGAUAUUAAUACUAAAUUGAAAACCUUGCAAACCGAUCUAGGCGAAACAAUAUUCAAGAAUCGACAUUCACAUAGUGCUCAUAAUGAUUACGAUCUUGGCAAUGAUCUUAUGUUAAACUUCAAAAGAGCGUACGAUGCACUCCAAGAGGGUGAGAUCAAUGAAGACACAUUUAAAAACAAAAUUGAAGCAAUACUGACAGCGGAGAUUGGCGGAAAUAUUCUGGCGGAAGGAGGUGCUGUAGUUAAUAAAAUAUCAGAUCUUGAGAAAAACAAUAUCCGAAUUCACAGAACAAAUAAUCAAGAUAGCCUUAGCACAGCGACAUCAAAGCAUGACAGGCGACCUUCCCAUGCCAUCAAGCAAUUGAAACAAAAUCGAUGA